AAUAUUCAGCCAGAGAGGCUUUAGGCCUCGCUGGACUACAAAUCCCAGAAUGCAACAGGAGGCAGCCAGAGCAGUUAAAGUGGAAUAACAGCACUAGAAGAGUGUAGUGCGACAAUCAACCCAGGAGGGUCUUCUACUUGGCCGGGGGAGCGUGAGGGCGCCGGCGGGGAAGGGAACUAGAGCCCGGUGCUGCGGCCUACUCCGGGGAUGGAGGCGGCUCUGCGUCGGGAGCUUGGCACUGCGGUGCUGCGUCCUGCGGGCCACUCCGGGGGAGGCUGCAUCAGCCACGGCGAGAGCUUCCACACCGACCACGGCCGCCUCUACGUCAAAAGCAACGCCCGCUCCGAGGCGCGAAGAAUGUUUGAUGGUGAAAUGGCAAGUUUAACUGCCAUCUUGCAAACACACACUGUGAAAGUUCCUAAACCUAUGAAAGUUAUUGAUCUGCCAGAGGGCGGUGCUCUGUUUGUGAUGGAGCAUUUGGAUAUGAGAGGUUUGAACAGGCAUUCAGAACAACUGGGAUCACAGUUGGCUGAUCUCCACCUUCAUAAUCAGAAACUUGGGGAGAAACUGAAAAAAGAUGCAAACACUGUUGGUAAGAGUGAAGAACAUACAGAUGCCAAGUUUGUAGAAAAGUUUGGUUUUCACACAGUCACUUGUUGCGGUUAUCUUCCACAGGUGAAUGAAUGGCAACAAGAUUGGGUGACUUUCUAUGCAAGGCAGCGAAUUCAGCCUCAGAUGGACAUGAUUGAGAAGAAUUCAGGCGACAGGGAGGCAAGAGAGCUUUGGGCCCAGCUUCAGCUCAAGAUUCCCAGUUUGUUUGGUGAUAUGGAGAUAAUUCCUGCUCUUCUAACAUGGAGAUUUAUGGGGAGCGAAUGUAGCUGA